GUGUCUUUGUCCACUUUUGACUUUUGAGACUGUUCAUCUACGCACUUUGACUCAUCAAAUUCUCUCAAUGUGUAAGCCUAAAUAUAGUCAUGUGUGAUCUUGUUUGAUUUGUCUUAACAUAUAGAUUAUUAAUAUAUAAUUUCUAUAAUUUUUUAAUAUACAAAUUACAAGAUAAAAUGGAUUAAAGAAGUGCAUUGGAUGGUGUGCUAAAAGUCGUCUUCCUCACCGUCCCCCACGACCCGCCAUUGUUGAUAAAUUGCAGAAAAUGAAUUCAGCUUCACAGCUAGCGUCCCAUUCCCAUUACUUUCCCGCCAAAAUCCAUUACUGUCAGCGCCAGAGCUUUUCGUAUUCAUUCCAGCGCCUCCGGCAGCUCUCUUCUCUGCGACCCAAGUUCUCCGCCAAACAGGGCAUUAGGGUUCGCUCGGAAUUCGGUGCUAAAGUAAAUGGACUUCUUCAAUCCGAUUCUGACCCUCGUUUCAUUGACCGGCAAAAAGCACUGGAAGCAGCAAUGAGUGAUAUAAACAGUUCCUUUGGCAAAGGAAGUGUUACAAGAUUGGGAAGUGCCGGCGGAGCUCUUGUAGAAACUUUCCCUAGCGGCAUUCUGACUUUGGACUUUGCUUUAGGCGGUGGCCUUCCCAAAGGGAGAAUUGUUGAGAUAUAUGGACCAGAAAGCAGUGGAAAGACCACCUUAGCCCUCCAUGCUAUUGCAGAAGUGCAGAAGCUAGGAGGCAAUGCAAUGCUUGUUGAUGCUGAGCAUGCAUUUGAUCCAACAUACUCCAAAGCAUUGGGUGUUGACGUUGAGAAUUUAAUCGUGUGCCAACCGGAUAAUGGAGAGAUGGCUCUUGAGAUUGCAGAUCGCAUGUGUAGAUCAGGUGCUGUGGAUCUCAUAUGCAUAGAUUCUGUCUCAGCCCUCACUCCACGUGCUGAGAUUGAAGGGGAGAUUGGAAUGCAGCAAAUGGGGUUGCAAGCACGUCUGAUGAGUCAAGCUUUGCGUAAGAUGUCAGGCAAUGCUUCAAAGGCUGGUUGUACGCUAAUUUUUCUGAAUCAAAUACGGUAUAAGAUAGGUGUAUACUAUGGGAACCCAGAAGUGACUAGUGGAGGAAUUGCAUUGAAGUUUUUUGCUUCGGUUCGACUUGAAAUCCGUCCUGCUGGGAAGAUAAAGUCUGCCAAAGGAGAUGAAGAAGUUGGAUUAAGAGUGCGGGUACGAGUUCAAAAGAGUAAGGUGUCAAGGCCAUACAAGCAAGCCGAGUUUGAGAUUACUUUUGGAGAGGGAGUGAACAAGCUGGGUUGCGUGCUGGACUGUGCUGAGGCAAUGAAUAUAGUGAUGAAGAAGGGUUCAUGGUACAGCUAUGGUGAUCAUAGGUUAGGUCAGGGUAGGGACAAGGCUUUGCAGUACCUCAGAGAAAAUACCCCUGUCUUUGAGGAACUAGAGAAGAUUGUUGGAUCAUCUCUAGCGGAAGGAAGUGUGCAAGUUGGCUCUCCUUUCGUGAAGCACUCACAACAAGAGUUGUAUCAUCAAGAUGAAGAUAUAUUUGAAGAUAUGAGUUGACCCCUUCACAAUAUCCAAUAUUGCCUCCCCAAGUUCAUACAUUUCAUUGGUUUGCUAGUGCAGAAAGUUUUGCAGAAGAUCAAAAACAAUAAUUCCCAGAUGAUCAAGUAGUUCUUCAAGUAUAAUGAUGAUGAAACCAGUGAUGGUGUUGUAAUUUCUGCAGUAGGAUUUUAUAAGACAUAGGCACAACGUUAUCAUUAGGAGGAUGGUGUAAGGUACUAUUGCAACCCAGAGAAGCCAUUAUAACCUUAGUGUAU